GGGCUGUCCGACUAGCGCAUCUCAUAGUCUUGAUAAGGGCAGGCAUUCUAUAUAUCCUGAUAGAUUUAAGUCGUUGACAAGUUUUCUCUGUUUUCUGAGUCUCUCAAAAAUGGCCGCAACAACGUUCGAAAUGGACGGAAGUGUAAUGGAGGGGGGAGGGCAGAUUUUAAGGGUGUCUGCCGCACUGAGUUGCAUCCAAGGCGCGUCUAUCAAAAUAAACAAAAUCCGCGCUGGGAGAAGCACCCCUGGAUUAAGACCCCAGCAUCUGUCAGGGCUGGAGCUGGUUAGGGACAUGUGUGAUGGGAAUCUUGAGGGAGCCAUCGUGGGCUCCACAGAAAUCACACUCACCCCUGGGAAAAUGAAAGGUGGUAAUCACAUCGCUGACACUCAGACAGCAGGGAGUGUGGGACUGCUGCUUCAGAUUUCUCUGCCCUGCGCUCUGUUCGCUGAGGGUCCGUCGCAGCUGUGUUUGAAGGGCGGCACCAACGCUGAGAUGGCUCCUCAAAUCGAUUACACUCUGAAGGUGUUCAAGCCCAUCAUGGAGAAAUUUGGGGCGCAGUUUGACUGUGACGUCGUAAUGAGAGGUUACUACCCAAAAGGUGGCGGUGAAGUGGUGGCUAAGAUAAACCCGGUGAAGGAGCUGAGUCCCAUUAAUAUGACAGAGAGAGGCAACAUCACCAAAAUCUAUGGCAGAGCCUUUGUGGCUGGUGUCCUGCCUUUUAAGCUGGCGAAGGACAUGUCCACGGCAGCAGUGCGCACUAUAAGGAAGGAGAUUAAAGACCUUUACAUUAACAUCCAGUCACUGCAGGAGAAGGACAAAGCCUGUGGGAACGGCAAUGGCAUCAUAAUCAUUGCAGAGUCAUCGACUGGCUGUAUAUUUGCGGGCUCAUCCCUUGGCAAGAAAGGUGUAUAUGCAGAUAAAGUGGGAAUUGAAGCAGCUGAGAUGCUUCUGAGAAACAUCAGGCACAAUGGAUGUGUGGAUGAGUUCUUGCAAGACCAGCUGAUUAUGUUCAUGGCCUUGGCAAAAGGCACAUCUAGAAUCCGUACUGGACCAAUCACUCUGCACACACAGACUGCCAUUCAUGUUGCCGAGCAACUCACCAAGGCCAAGUUUGUUAUACACAAGGCGGAAGACGAGCAUGCCAACAAUGACACUUACAUCAUUGAGUGCCAGGGUGCGGGCACCACUAAUGCCAAUCUGUAAGUGUUUAGUAACGCGACCCUUGGCAGUCCAGCCUGGGACAAUGCGAGUGGAGACAACUGGAGGACUUCAAGCAGAAACACUACUGUAAUGUGACUGGUAGACUGGCUGGUAGUUUAUGAUCUGAAGAUAAACACUGUUAUCUUCACCCACUCAUAUUGAA